GUGGUUUAUAAGAAGGCUCUGCGACUGGCCACAUUUGCUACCACUGGGGGCCAGAUGACCAUGGGCCAAAUUACCAACCACAUGUCAGCUGACGCCACCAACGUCAUGAUGAUGAUGCAGUUUAUGCACUUCCUUUGGUCUGCUCCAUUCCAGAUUGUGAUCAUCCUCAUCUUACUGUAUUUUGAAAUUGGGUUUUCGGCGUUGCUUGGAGCGGCCUUGUUCAUAGUCGUUCUUCCGAUUCAGUUUAAAGUUGCAGCUAUUAUGGCCGACAAACAGAAGGCUAUUCUGCGUUGCUCCGACAAACGUUUGAAGCUGACCAACGAGCUGCUGCAAGGAAUUAAACUACUGAAGAUGUAUGCGUGGGAGGAGCUGUACAGCAAGGCAAUAGAGGUAGUUCGGAAGGAAGAAGUACGCAACUUACUCUACAUCAAUCUGUGCACAAUAACUUCGGUGUCCAUCACUUUCGGCGUCCCAAUCUUGGUCACGUUGAUAGCGUUUAUAACAUUUGAGCCGAUUUCUGGACGACCGUUGACGCCCGAUAUCACAUUCUCCUCCCUGUCCUUUUUCAAUUUGAUCGCGAUCCCUCUCUUUAUGAUCCCUGUAUCGGUGUCGGCCAUAGUAGGCUCGAUCGUCAGUUCCAAGCGUAUAAUGAAAUUUCUCUUGGCGCCUGAGGUGGAGGGAGAUCGUGCUUUACCAAUGGACAUAAAAGGAAAAACCCACUCUCAGGAGAAAAAGGGGUACAGUGAUGAAAGCCGGGUAGUGUUUCGCAAGUUGGACGAGGUAUUGAGCGAGUCAACGGUCUCCAUUGGCACUCAGACUGACGACUCAGAUGAUCAGACUGAUAACACUGAGAGGGCGCUGAUGCUGAAUGGCAUCUCGAUCCCGCUGGGCAAAGAUUUGAAUGACGCUUCAACGAGCAAUUCAGACCAAGGCAUAGCCAUUAAGAUCACGGAUGGCAAUUUUGUGUGGGAUCCAGAAAGCACUUCACCUGCCUUGUCUAACGUAAAUGUGGAAAUACCAGCUGGGAAACUGACCAUGGUGAUUGGCGCGGUUGGAAGCGGAAAGUCAUCGCUUUUAGCUGCCAUCUUAAACGAAAUGACGACACUCUCUGGAAAUGUUCACAUCAAUGAAGAGAAAGGGCGUAUUGCAUUCGCAGCUCAGAAACCUUGGCUAAUGAAUGCUUCCAUGCGAGACAACAUUUUAUUUUCAUCAAAGAUGGACAAAAAACGAUAUCACAAAGUGUUAGAUGCGUGUGCACUUGUACCAGACAUUGACAUUUUACCGGCCGGAGACAAGACUGAGAUUGGCGAGAAAGGUAUCAACUUGAGCGGAGGUCAAAAGCAACGUGUUAGUGUAGCGCGAGCCGUGUACGCGGACAGCGACAUCAUCAUAUUGGACGACCCGCUUUCGGCGUUGGACGUUCACGUCGGCCGUCAACUGUUCGAAGAAGGCAUCAUGAAACAACUCGUCAGUAACAACAAAACCGUCAUUCUGGUGACCCACCAGCUGCAGUAUCUCAGUAGAGCUGACUUGAUACUUGAGAUAAAAGAUGGCACCAUUGCCGCUAGUGGGAGUUUGGACGACAUCAUCAAGGCAGAUCCGGAGAUGUAUGAGGAGAUCAAACAGGUGUCAGCGGCGGGAUGGGAUGAUGAUCAGGCCGAAAGUGCAGAAGAAGAGCGCUUUAAGUUGCAACGAAGAGUUUCCAUUGCAUCAGCUGAAAUUGCAAAAGGGGAUGGGCAGCUGAUAGAGAAGGAAGAAAUGGUGCGUGGAUCGGUGUCUUACAAGACAUACCUGUACCUGCUGGGGAGCGUUGGCUGGGGUUUAAUCCUCUUAGUCGCGCUGGCUGUGGCACUACAGUCGUCACUCUCUGUUACCAACAACUUCUGGCUCUCUGAGUGGUCUGAAGCUGGCUUAUCCAACGAGACUACAAGAACUUACACCGAGUAUCUUGUUGGCUACGCAUGCCUGUCCGUCUCAGCAGCAGUGAGUCAAUCGCUGUCGGCUACAAUUUUGAUUCUGUCAUUCAUGGUCGCUGCAAGGCGCAUACACCUGAGAAUGCUGAGGAAUAUUAUACGAGCACCGAUGAGGUUUUUUGAUACUACUCUCAUCGGGCGGAUCCUGAAUCGAUUUUCUAAUGACACCCAGUUGAUGGAUUUUAGACUAGCGAACACAUACAACGGGUUCGUCAUCAGCAUCAUGCAGAUUAUAGUGUCCGUGGUUGUAGUGGGCGUGGUCAUGCCCAUCUUCCUUGUGUUCGUCAUCCCAAUAGCCAUUGUGUAUUACAUACUGCAGAGGUACUACUUGGCCACCUCCAGGGAGCUACAACGAUUGGACAGCACCAGCAAAUCUCCCGUCUUUGCCUACUUCUCAGAGAGUCUCGGCGGACUGACUACAAUUCGAGCUUACAGGAGCGAGAAUAGAUUUUACAAUACCAUCCUCGCUCGAAUCGACAGAAACACUGCAGCAUUUCUUUAUGUUCAGAUUGGGGCGAGAUGGCUGGCAGUUCGGCUCGACCUCCUGGGAGCUUUGUUUGUGCUUCUGUCAACUGGAUCCACUUUAAUUGGCGCUCUCUCGUUUGGUAUCAAUCCAAGCUUAGUGGGUCUGAGCUCUACGUACAGCCUGCAGAUGUCUAACUAUCUCAACUACCUUAUGAGAAAUCGGACUGAGGUGGAGAUGCAGAUGAACGCCGUGGAGCGAAUUCAGUUCUACAGUGAGGUGGACCAGGAGGAAUAUUCAGGUGCCGAACCUUCAGCCGGAUGGCCUCACAGUGGAGAGAUACGCAUCGACAAUGUCUCAGUCCGAUAUGCAGAAGAUCUUGAAGCUGUGCUCAGGAAUGUGUCAGUGUACCUGAAAUCAGGGGAGAAGGUCGGUAUCUGUGGCCGAACUGGAAGUGGCAAGUCGUCCCUGACCCUGGCAUUGCUGAGAGUCAUUGAUAUCUUUGAAGGGCGGAUAUUCAUUGACGGUGUGAAUAUCAUGGAUGUACCUCUGGCUACACUCAGGAGCAAAAUAUCUAUCAUCCCUCAAGACCCAGUGCUGUUUACUGGACCUAUUAGGACAAAUUUGGACCCCGAAGAAAAGGUAUCAGACGACGAAAUGUGGCACGCCCUUGAGAUUGCACAGCUGAAAGAUGUUGUCUCACAGCUAGACGGGGGACUUGAUGCAGUGGUGACUGAAGGCGGUGAGAAUUUCAGCGUUGGUCAGCGGCAGCUGUUCUGCCUGGCUCGAGCCUUCCUCAGAAAGUCUUACAUCCUCAUCAUGGACGAAGCCACAGCUUCAGUAGACAUGGAAACGGACAAGACGUUACAGACCGUUGUUGCCAAUGCAUUUGCAGAAAGAACCGUAUUAACUAUUGCACACCGCAUAGCAACCAUCCGAGACGCUGACAAGAUUAUCGUCUUGGACGGGGGUCGUAUGGUGGAGUUUGGUAGCCCUGAGGAACUCCUAACAGACGAGGAUGGCGUGUUUACUUCGCUAGUCCGUGACGAAUGAGGGAUUGGUGACGGGAGAUAGUCACAGAGAGGCCCUGAACGAUUUCAGCCACUGCGGCCAGUCUUGGAAACGACGGGCAUCGUUUGUAGCAUGCCGAUGUAAUUUACGAAGUUCUAAAAUGAAUAAGCCUCAACUGUUAACAUCGGGCCAGUUCAAAAUCCUGCUUAUCAAAAGCUGCACCGUGCAGGUGGAAAACGGUUCGAUCUAAUGGUACACUCCUUUGCUGUUACUGAAAGUGUGUUUUAGUUUUUAUAACUUACUGCUGCAUCAGAUUUAAUGAAGUCACGUCCGAUGAAAUAUUAGCGAUUUGUAUUUUUUUCUUUUUCUGUUUUUCUUUGUUGUUUUGGUUAUUACUUUGUCAGUCAGUAUGGUCUUGUCCUCAAUUGAGUUUUUCCUAUGAAAUUGGAGAUAAUUUUGCGUAUAUUUAUGUAUUUUGUGGUAAUAGUGUAUUAUGUCGAGACAAAUGGGGAUUCGGGGUGCUCAAAUUUGACGUGAGGACAUUUCAGUGUAGUAACAUGGAGCAUACAUUUCUGUUGUAAACGUAGACUACGCAAUAUGUGACGUUUAAAUUUGCUUGAAUAACUAUUUCAGCAAUAUAACUGAAAACGACCAAAAUUAUAAGAUUGCAAAAUUUCACACUUUAUGAUCUGUUUCUGUCGCAGGGAAAGGAUUUUUUUGUGAUUGUGAUUAUGUUUUUGUUUUGUUUUGGGUUUUUUUUUCUUGAUUUGCAAUAAUGCUUCUGUGCUCAUGUUUUUUAAAGAAUUCUUAAUAAAAUAAACUGAAUAUGUAUUUUGAGGUUGGAAAUUAACACAACUUUAAAAUCACUGAUUUUCUUGGUAUCUAGGUUGCUCUCGCGGUUAGACUGAAAUCAAUGAAUUAGACAUUUCUGCCAUGAUUUUUAAUCACCCGAAACUGAUGUGUUGUCAAAUUACGACGUACAGACCUAGUGAUGAAUUCCUAUUAUAAGGACCAAGUAAUAUAAGCGUAGCUUUAUUUACAUGUUAAAAUGACUUUCAACCUCCUUUUUAGAAGUCAAAUGGAGGAUUUUAAACAUUUUUGAUUUUGUGCUCAGGUAAAUUUUCAUAUUCGUGUGCCAUAGCGUGAAGUCAUUCUAUACACAGGCAGAACAGGAAUGUUUCCAUAACUUCGUGUCUAAUUAUUAUCGCACUUUCGCUUUUCACAAUAUUGUUGGUGAUUAUGAAGAUUGUGUUUUUUUUUGUUUUUUGGUUGGGGGGGGUUGUUUUGUUUUUUUGGAAAAGGUUUUUGGCUUUUGAUAAGGAGUGCCUCAUAUCAUGGCAGUAUUAAAAUAAGCGCCCUCAUGCAUUACAUUGAUUAAAGUAUUUUUCUGCGAAUUGAAAAAAAAAGAAAAGAAAACAAUUACAUAUUUGGAUCUUGUUUGUAUUGUUGCAACACAUGGUAAUAUGUGUUAGAAUAAUUAAACAAGAAAGCAAUUGGAACAGAAUAUGCACUGAAUAUUUCCUAACCUUUCCUUUGGUAAACAGUUUCUUUUCGCCUCGUCAGAUUUCACGUUUACUGUGCGUGUGCCAUGGUGAACAAAAUGGUGAACGACUGCUUCUGAGCAUGGACCCAUACGUUUAAAGACCAGUGGGUUAUUUAGGCACUUUGAUAGCCGUCAAAGAAAUCGUAAAAGGCUUGGUUUAGCUCAGUGGACGUAUAAAUGUUUAAAAUUGCUGUGGGUUCUGUUUCAAACUCAUUUUCGGCUGCAUUUACUAGUGCUCACAGUCGGUCUUGUAUGGUGUCUCAGAAGGUUAACACCCGAAAAUGACGUGACGAGUGCGUAAAAAACGUUGCCAUAGGCAGCUUCGAGAUUUAGAUGAUGAAAAGAAAUGAAAUGCAUACUGAAAUAAGAAUACAAAUACAUAGAUCCGUUUGAGAAAGUUGUUUAUUCUUGUCAGGCGGUAUACGAUUUGAACGUUUUGCCCAUCAACUAAAUAGCAAACAGCGAAUGUAUUAGUCUGGUCACUGAAUAGUCACUAAAAA